AUGCAUUCUCUGCUCAGUGUAGCUAAUAUUUUUCUACUGCUUUAUUUGUUGGAUUUUUCUUUACUGCUCUCUUUUAAUACGAUUAUUAAUAAUGUUAUUUUGUCACUUGUAAGAGACAUGCUGUCACAUAAAAGAAAACAACAGAAAAUCCAAACCAGUUUGUUUUCUGUUCAAUCAUAUUUAGCAGACAUGGAUAAAUUAUUUACUUGUGAACUGUGCAGCCGAUCCUUCAACCAAUCAAGUACCUUGGAACAGCAUAAACAGAGUCAUGAAGAGAAAAGACCUUACAAGUGCAUCUAUUGUGACAAAUCAUUCCAGUCAUAUUCCCAACUCGGCAAACACGUUAGUGUGAAUGAGUCAGACCCAAAGGCCCACAAAUGUUCAUUUUGCUGUCUCUCAUUUGCAGAAGCUACCUGCUUAACUGUUCAUGUGAUGACACAUGCUGAUGAUAAGCCAUAUAAAUGUCAGUUUUGUGGAGAUAGAUUUGCCAGUUCGAGUUAUGCAAGUCGUCAUGAGAAGAGUCAUUUAGUCAAUAAACCUCACAAGUGUGGCUUGUGUUAUCGAACUUACUCAGAUGCUGCACAGUUGGCAAAACAUUUUCGUGUGCACACAGGUAUUAAACCUUACAAGUGUGACUAUUGUGAACGCACUUUUUCCAAGUCCAACAAACGAACAAUUCAUAUGAGAUCCCAUACUGGCGAACGACCCUACCGAUGUGCUUAUUGUGACAAGGGUUUUGCUGACUCAGACAAACUCAAUAUUCAUAUUCGCACACAUACUGGUGAACGGCCUUACGCAUGCGAAUACUGUCAACGGUCAUUUACACGUUCAGAUAAACAGGCUUCUGCUUCCAUAGCUAAACAAACCUCACUUGAUGAUCCAAAUCACCUUGAAUGUCAAGCCGAUUCUCGGUGUCAUUUGGCUUCUAAACCUAACCCACAAGCACUUCUACCCAUGUCACAGAAAACAGCAUCUUCCCUGCAUACAAAAUACAAAAUGGAAUCCCCCCUGUCUUCUCAAACGUUAUCAUCAUCAUCAAAUGCCUCAGCAGAGGUCAGUAAAGUAUCUGCAAAACAAAUGUUGGAAAAGUACAAUGAUGCUGAUUCUGAAGAUUUCUUUCAAUCUGUCCGCAGUAUCACUGCAGUCUCUAUCUCUCUACAUCUAUUUGGCAUUCUGUUUUUAUGGACCCAUGUGCAAGGGCUGGGGUGGGGCAUGAUGUGCUCUGGGUAUGUCAGUGCUCCCCAAACAACCAAUCAGGGCUCUUCCUGCAAAUGUCCAAAUAUGGGGGAACACCUCCUCCCUUCUUGGGAUUCUACCUGGGCCUUCUCCUCCUUGCUUUGUGUGAGUGCCUCUCACCAUCAUUGCCUGAUGGGUGUGGAAAGUCCGCCUUCCCUGUAA